AUGAUGAGAACAAGAGGGGAUGAACUAGAUGAGUCUACCUCCAACCGUCUCGACCCAAUGGAAAUAAUGAUGCAUGACAUGGCUGAAAGCCUACGACAACAACAACAAUGGAAGCAACAGCAACAACCACUCCCACUUCUAAUGCUUGUUCCACCGGUACUGGACCAUCAAAAUGAAAACAGAACCAUUACCCUCACCAAAGAGUUCAAAAAAAUGAAACCACCCUUGUUUCACAGGGGAAUUGAUCUGCAAAAGGCUGAGGCCUGGGUAUUUGGGAUUGAGAAGUUGUUUGAGGUGUUUCUAUGCACGAAGACACAAAAAGUACUGUUAGCUGCCUUUACACUCAAAGAUAAAGCAAGAAGAUGGUGGAUGUUAGUACGAGAUACUAACAAAGGAAUCAAUUGGGUUCAGUUCCUAGAGAUCUUCUACGAGAAGUACUUCCCGCAACGUAUUCGGGACAGAAAAGUGACAGAGUUUGAACAAUUAAACCAGCAGAACAAAUCAGUGGCAGAGUAUGAGGCCCAGUUCACGGAAUUAGCACUCUUCACACCAUAUAUGGUCGAUACAGACUACAAAAAGGCCAGGAAAUUUGAGAGAGGUCUCCGUGAUGCAAUUCUUGAUAGAAUUAAUGUUUUGAAACUGCCUAAAUAUAUUGAUGUUUUAGACAAGGUUCUUAUGGCAGAGACAAACUUGGCUAACCGUAACUGA